GACGUCACUUAUAUCUCUAGUAAUAAUAUAGGGACAUGACUGGCAAAGUGAGGGGUACUGGGAGUGUUACAGUGACGUCACUUAUAUCUCUAGUAAUAAUUCAGGGACAUGACUGGGGAGGUGAGGGGAUCUGGGAGCAUUACAGUGACCUCACAUAUCUUUAGUAAUGUAACCCCUCUUUUACCUGGGGGUACAGUGUAUGUGUGCCAUGUACCUCCACCCAAGCUAUUUAGAGCCCAAUACUCUAAUCGCUUAAGAAAUACCCUACCCCUGUAGUGGUCGCCUAUAAUAAUAAUAUAAUUAGUAUGUGAUGUAACCAGAUAGGACUAUGCACAUUUACCUAUCGUACCUUUUCUUUGUGAUUUUCAGGCUCUUCCACAGAUACGGAGACAGUUCCACCGGGUUGCACAGUAGUGAAGAAGACAUCUGGUGAGUGUGAGACACCCAGCAGCCAUCCCCGUGUGUCAGGAGGACUAAGCAGAACCCAGAGCCCCAUCACGGUGCCUGCACCUCACUCACUAAUACAUGAGAGACACAGUGACCAGAAGAUCCUGGAACUCACCAACAAGAUCAUUCAGCUGCUGACUGGAGAAGAGGGGGAGUAUAUAGAGGAACACGGGUCUGUACAAGGACAUGAUGAUGGAGAAUCACCGGCCCCUUACAUCACCGGAUGGACCCAGUAACAGAGAUACCCCAGAGAGAUGUCCCCAUCCUCUGUAUUCCCAGGAUUGUACAGAGGAGAAUCACAGGAUCCCACAGGAGGAUCAGGUAGAACGUCUGUCUGAUAUUAAAAUAGAAGAUAUAGAGGGAGAAGAAGAGACGUAUGUGACUGAUAUAAAGGCAGAAGAUAUAGAGGGAGAAGAGGAGACGUAUGUGAUUGAUAUAAAGGCAGAAGAUAUAGAGGGAGAAGAAGAGACGUAUGUGACUGAUAUAAAGGCAGAAGAUAUAGAGGGAGAAGAAGAGACGUAUGUGACUGAUAUAAAGACAGAAGAUAUAGAGGGAGAAGAAGAGACGUAUGUGACUGAUAUAAAGGCAGAAGAUAUAGAGGGAGAAGAAGAGACAUAUGUGACUGAUAUAAAGGCAGAAGAUACAGAGGGAGAAGACGAGACGUAUGUGACUGAUAUGAAGGCAGAAGAUAUGGAGGGAGAAGAAGAGACGUAUGUGACUGAUAUGAAGGCAGAAGAUAUAGAGGGAGAAGAAGAGACGUAUGUGAGGGGAGAUCAGCAGUGUAAGGAGGAGGAGAUCCCUACAGAUAUCAGCACAGCAGAUGGACACACAAGCAGGAAUAUCUCAGAAGUACAUCUAAUAUCAUCCCCGGAUUGUGAAAUAAAAGAUGACAGUAGACAGGAUUCUCCAGGAACUAAUCUCAUUACCCCAAUUGUACAUCCAGCUCUAUCAGCUGAUCCCUCUGAUCCUGGGAAAUGUUCUCCUGAUCACUCUGAUAUUGGUGCAUCUGUUACAGCUCUGACAGUAGAUACAGUGUUUUCCUGUUCUAUAGAUGCACCAUGUUCUACACAGAACACAAAGCUUAUUGCACAUCAACCAGCUAAGGCAGGUGAGAGGCAAUUUCCAUGUUCUGAGUGUGGGAAAUGUUUUGCACGGAAAUCAUUGCUUGUUAUACAUGAGAGAAGUCACACCGGAGAGAAGCCAUUUUCAUGUUCUGAGUGUGGGAAAUGUUUUACAUCCAAAUCAAAUUAUGUCAUACAUCAGAAAACUCACAUAGGUGAGAGUCCAUUUACAUGUUCUGAGUGUGGGAAAUGUUUUACACGGAAAUUACAUCUUGUUCAACAUGAGAGAAGUCACACCGGAGAGAAGCCAUUUUCAUGUUCUGAGUGUGGGAAAUGUUUUGCACUGAAAUCAACUCUUAUCAGACAUGAGAGAAGUCACACCGGAGAGAAGCCAUUAUCAUGUUCUGAGUGUGGGAAAUGUUUUGCACUGAAAUCAACUCUUAUUAGACAUGAGAGAAGUCACACCGGAGAGAAGCCAUUUACAUGUUCUGAGUGUGGGAAAUGUUUUACACGGAAAUCAUUUCUUAUUAUACAUGAGAGAAGUCACACUGGAGAGAAGCCAUUUUCAUGUUCUGAGUGUGGAAAAGGUUUUAAACACAAGUCAUAUCUUGUUAUACAUGAGAGAAGUCACACUGGAGUGAAGCCAUUUACAUGUUCUGAGUGUGGGAAAUGUUUUUCACUGAAAUCGAAUCUUGUUCAACAUGAGAGAAGUCACACUGGAGAGAAGCCAUUUUCAUGUUCUGAGUGUGGAAAACCUUUUUCACACAAAUCAUGUCUUGUUACACAUGAGAGAAAUCACACCGGAGAGGGGCCAUUUUCAUGUUCUGAGUGUGGGAAAUGUUUUGCACAGAAAUCAACUCUUGUUAUACAUGAGAGAAGUCACACCGGAGAGAAGCCAUUUCCAUGUUCUGAGUGUGGGAAAUGUUUUUCACUGAAAUCGAAUCUUGUUCAACAUGAGAGAUGUCACAGUGGAGAGAAGCCAUUUUCUUGUUUUGAGUGUGGAAAAGGUUUUUCACACAAGUCAUAUCUUGUUAUACAUGAGAAAAGUCACACCGGAGUGAAGCCAUUUACAUGUUCUGAGUGUGGGAAAGGUUUUUCACUAAAAUCGAAUCUUGUUCAACAUGAGAGAAGUCACACUGGAGAGAAGCCAUUUUUUUGUUCUGAGUGUGGAAAAGGUUUUUCACAAAAGUCAUAUCUUGUUACACAUGAGAGAAGUCACACUGGAGAGAAGCCAUUUUCUUGUUCUGAGUGUGGAAAAGGUUUUUCACACAAGUCACAUCUUGUUACACAUGAGAGAAGUCACACAGGUGAGAGGCUAUUUUCAUGUUCUGAGUGUGGGAAAGGGUUUAUACGGAAAUCACAUCUUGUUACACAUGAGAGACGUCACACAGGUGAGAGGCCAUUUUCAUGUUCUGAGUGUGGGAAAAGUUUUAUACAGAAAUCACAUCUUGUUCAACAUGAGAGAACUCACAGACGUUUGAAGCCAUUUGCAUGCUCUGAGUGAUUACUAAAUCAGCUCUUGUUGGACACAGUGGACAUCACACAGGUGGGGAACCAUUUUAAUCUUCUGGAGUAUACUCAUCUUCACCAUUUCCCUGCAUUGUUCCUUCAGGUUUUAUCCUAUGUCCUGUGUUUUUUUUUUUUACAAUAUACAUGCUGCUACUGGGUGAAAUAAUAAGACAUCAUGCCCUCCUUUACCUCUACUAUGCAGAUAACCUGUCUUUGCUCCGGGUACUGAAAACAAUACCAAUACUAAAUGUCUAGCUGAGCUCCAGGUGUGAGUGAUGCCAGUUGGCCGUGACUCAGUCCUAGCGAAACAGGUCCAUAUGCUAAUGCACGCCGACUCUCCUGUCUUCUGAUUACUUUCUCCCACUCCUAUCCAAGAUUUUUCACGUGCUGCUCCCUUUCUCUGGAAUUCCCUACCUCUCCCCCUCAGACUGUUACCAGCAGUACCAAGAAUCUGCCAUAAUUCAUUUGUGGUUGAUCUGUUAGCUAUGCAGCCCUGACCAUGGAACCUGCUGCCUCGCACAGUCCAAGAGACCUCCACCCUGGAGACCACAAACAGACUGAUGACUGUUACUCACAUAUUUCAUUAAUGUUCCUUCACUUCCUAAAUAUACAUCCCACAUGCUGA